AUGGAGAGCCUGCUGGAGAACCCGGUACGCGCCGUGCUCUACCUCAAGGAGCUCACGGCCAUCGUGCAGAACCAACAGAGCCUCAUCCACACCCAGCGCCAGCGCAUAGACGAGCUCGAGCGGCGGCUGGACGAGCUAAGUGCCGAGAAUCGCAGCCUGUGGGAGCACCAGCAGCUGCUGCAAGCCCAACCUCCUCCUGGGCUCGUCCCCCCGUCUCCAGUCCCGCUGCCGGCUCCACCGGUCACCGCCACCGCCGCCGCCUGCGGGGCCCAGGAGCCACUCCAGAACCACGGACAGCUCUCAUCCUCCGUGCCACAACCUGCUCCCGAGCAGCCACAGCUUCAGCACCACGGACAGCUCCUGGUGCAGCCCCAGCCGGGCCCCAGUAGCAGGGCACACACACCCCAGUCGCCCCACCAGCACCCAGUGGCACCAGGAGCGGCCGCUGACAAGGAGAAGGAACGUCCCCAGAGUUGUUGUGCUGCUGCUGGAGCUCUCCUUCACAAAUCCCCCGCUGCCCUCGGCAAGGGCGUCCUGAGCAGAAGACCCGAGAAUGAGACUGUGCUGCACCAGUUCUGCUGCCCCGCUGCUGACGCUGAGCAGAAGGCCCCCUGCUCUGACCUGGCCUCCCACAGUGACGGCUCCUGCGCCCAGGCCGGUGGGGGCAUGGAGGACUCCGUGGUGGCAGCGGCGGCGGUGGCAGCCGGCAGACCCAGUGCCCAUGCCCCGAAGGCUCAAGCCCAGGAGCUGCAGGAGGAGGAGGAGCAGCCAGGGGCGGGGGGUGCCUCCCCGCGGGCUGGCCCCCACCGUGCGGCCUCCCCCAGCCAGCAGCAGCCUGCCCUGGCGUCGGCGCUCUGCUCCCACACCCCUGCUGCCUCCGAUUACGAACUCUCCCUUGACCUAAAGAAUAAACAGAUUGAAAUGCUAGAACACAAGUACGGGGGCCACUUGGUGUCCCGGCGCGCUGCUUGCACCAUCCAAACCGCUUUCCGCCAAUACCAACUCAGCAAGAACUUUGAGAAGAUCCGCAACUCACUCCUGGAGAGCCGCCUACCAAGGCGUAUCUCCCUGCGCAAGGUGCGGGCCCCCAUGGCCGAGAGCCUGGCAGCUGAGAAGGCACUCAUGGAGGGCUACGGCCUCAUAGGGCUGCCCCUAAUGCGCUCACCUUCCCUGCCGCCCACCUUCGCUGGCACACUUACUGAGCUGGAGGACUCCUUUACCGAACAGGUGCAGUCCCUGGCCAAGUCCAUCGAUGAUGCCCUCAGCACCUGGAGCCUCAAGACCAUGUGCUCUCUGCAGGAGAGCAGCGCUUACCAAAUCCACCAGGCUCUGCAUGCGGGUGCUGGGCCAUCAGGCUUGGAGGCUGAGCUUCAUGAGUCUGAGGGCACCGGCCCAGGGCUAGGGGAUGAGACCACUGAAGCCACUGGCCUGCCCCAGAGCCACAGUGGCACCCUUAUGAUGGCUUUCCGGGACGUCACAGUGCAGAUCGCCAGCCAGAACAUAUCUGUCUCCUCCUCCACGGCUGUGUCCGUGGCUAACUGCCUGGGCGCACAGACUUCCCAGGCCACCUCGGAGCCUGACACUGGCAAAGCUGAGCAGGGUGAGGCUGGGGGCCAGGAGUCCUCCACAGGGGGUCAGGGGGAUGUACCCAUAGAAGAUCUCUGCACAGAGGCUGGGACCAGUUCAGCAGGGCACGCCAACCAGCUCGAGGCAGCUGAGGAGGUGGCAGAGAAGGCUGUGACUGAGGAUGCAGAGGAGGAAGAAGUGAUAGGGGAUGUAGGAAAAGGGACUGGGGCUGAGGCUGAGGCUGGGGACAACUCUGAGCAGCUGAGCAGCAGCAGCACGUCCACCAAGUCUGCUAAGUCCAGCUCUGAGGUGUCAGCCUCCGCCUCCAAGGAGGCCCUGCAGGCCAUGAUCCUGAGCCUGCCACGCUACCACUGCGAGAACCCGGCCAGCUGCAAAUCACCCACGCUCUCCACCGACACCCUGCGCAAGAGGCUCUACCGCAUCGGCCUCAACCUCUUUAACAUAAACCCAGACAAAGGCAUCCAGUUCCUGAUCUCACGGGGCUUCAUCCCGGACACCCCCAUCGGAGUGGCCCAUUUCCUCCUCCAGCGUAAAGGGCUCAGCCGUCAGAUGAUUGGAGAGUUCCUGGGCAACAGCAAGAAACCGUUCAACCGCGACGUGCUGGACUGCGUGGUGGACGAGAUGGACUUCUCCAACAUGGAGCUGGAUGAGGCCCUGCGGAAGUUCCAGGCCCACAUCCGGGUGCAGGGGGAGGCCCAGAAGGUGGAGCGGCUCAUCGAGGCCUUCAGCCAGCGCUACUGCAUGUGCAACCCUGAGGUAGUGCAGCAAUUCCACAACCCUGACACCAUCUUCAUCCUCGCCUUUGCCAUCAUCCUCCUCAACACCGACAUGUACAGCCCCAACAUUAAGCCUGACCGGAAGAUGAUGCUGGAAGACUUCAUCCGAAACCUGCGAGGUGUGGAUGAUGGCGUUGACAUCCCCCGGGAGCUGGUGGUGGGCAUCUAUGAGAGGAUCCAGCAGAAGGAGCUCAAGUCCAAUGAGGACCAUGUCACGUAUGUCACUAAGGUGGAGAAGUCCAUCGUGGGCAUGAAGACAGUGUUGUCAGUGCCCCACCGCCGCCUGGUCUGCUGCAGCCGGCUCUUUGAGGUGACGGAUGUGAACAAGCUACAGAAGCAGGCGGCACACCAGAGGGAGGUGUUCCUCUUCAACGACCUGCUGGUGAUUCUUAAACUCUGCCCGAAGAAGAAGAGCUCUUCCACGUACACUUUCUGCAAGUCAGUCGGCCUGCUGGGCAUGCAGUUCCACCUCUUUGAGAAUGAAUAUUACUCCCAUGGCAUCACGCUGGUGACCCCGCUCUCGGGCUCUGAGAAGAAGCAGGUGCUGCAUUUCUGUGCCCUGGGCUCGGAUGAGAUGCAGAAGUUUGUGGAGGACCUGAAGGAGUCCAUUGCUGAGGUGACCGAGCUGGAGCAGAUCCGGAUAGAGUGGGAGCUGGAGAAACAGCAGGGAGCAAAGACCCUCUCCUUCAAGCCCGGGGGAGCCCAGGUAGACCCACAGUCCAAGCAAGGAUCACCUACAGCCAAAAGGGACGUGGCGCUGGGGGAGAAGCCCGCAGAGAGCACGGUGGAGGUGUCAAUUCACAACAGGCUUCAAACGUCCCAGCACAGCCCCGGGCUGGGGGCCGAGAAGGGAGUGCCAAGCCUGCAGCCUAGCCCCCUGCGAGAGCAGCCCCCGCUGCUGCCACCACCACCACCCACGCCCCCAGGGACCCUGGUGCAGUGCCAGCAAAUUGUCAAGGUCAUUGUCCUGGACAAGCCCUGCUUGGCCCGCAUGGAGCCGCUGCUGAGCCAGGCCCUCUCCUGCUACGCCUCAUCUUCCUCCGACUCCUGCGGCUCCACACCUCUGGGCGGCCCAGGCUCCCCGGUCAAGGUCAUCCACCAGCCUCCGCUGCCCCCACCCCCACCCCCCUACAACCACCCACACCAGUACUGCCCACCAGGCUCCCUGCUGCACCGGCGGCGCUACUCCAGUGGCUCGAGGAGCCUGGUGUAG